CCUGCCUGCAUCUGCAUACCACCACCGCCUAAUUAUCUUAUCCCCCAUUCCCUCCACGAGGCCAAACAGGAAACUCCACAAGAGGCUCAGCUGUGGCAGUAGCGCAACAAGAGAGCUCGCUCUGUGAGCUAGCAGAGAGCAAUGGAGACGAUUGCACCGGCUCCCGCGCCGCAGCAGAGGCCGGGGCGCAUCGCGCGGAGGCUGGCCAGGCUGCUCCGCCGCAAGAGCUCGCCGGCUGGGGCCGGGAUGGGGAUGGGGGUGGGGAUGGCGUACUCCGUCGCCGGGGACGACGACUUCGACGACUCGCUUGACAGCUCCAUCAACUCGCUCAGCAAGCUCAAGCUGUCCGGCAACCUGGCUGCUGCCUACACCCUGGACGCCUUCUUCAAGAAUGCCACGGAGAAGAAGGCGCCGCCGCAGACGCAGCCUUCGCCGGAGCCUGCUCCAGCACCGGCGCUGGCGCUGGACGCCGCGAAGCACGCGUUCGUGGCGACGCUAUUCGCUCGGGCGUCCGCGGUGAAGGCGGCCUACGCGCAGCUGCAGCUGGCGCAGCACCCCUACGACGCGGACUCCAUCCAGGCGGCCGACGCCGGCCUGGUGGCGGAGCUCACCAAGCUGUCGUCCCUCAAGCGGCGGUACACCAGGGACCCUGCCGCCACCGCGGCCAGGACCGGCGCGUCCGCGCUCGCGCUCGCCGCGCACGCCGACGAGCAGCGGCACCUGCUCCGGACCUACGAGAUCACGGCGCGCAAGCUGGAGGCGGAGCUCCGCGCGCGGGACGCCGAGGCCGACCGCGCGCGCGCCGCGCUGGCCGACGAGCUCCGCGCCGCGCGGUCCCUGGAGGACCGCGCCCGCACCCGCACCCUGGCGGCGCUGGACGACCUCCACCUCUCCGGCCUCAACGCCACCCACUUCCUCACCGCGCUGCGGCACGCCGUCAAGUCCGUCCGCGCCUUCGCCAGGGCAAUGCACGACGCGAUGCGGGCCGCCGGCUGGGAUCCCGCGGCGGCGGCCGCGGCCGCCGUGCACCCGGGCGCCAGGCUGCGGGACCCGGCGGGCGACGCCAGGUUCGCGCUCGAGUCGUACGUGGCGCUCAAGAUGUUCGCGGGGUUCCACCGCAAGGACCUGGGCCUGAGCUCCCUCCACGGGCGGGGCUCCUCCCACGACCGCCGCCGCUUCUUCGAGGAGUUCGCGGAGGCCAAGUCCGUGCCAGCCGCGGCGGAGCUAUUUUUAGUCCAGGACGACAACGACGGUAGCGGCGACGCGCUGCGGCAGUGGGGCGCGCUCCGCGAGUUCAUGCGCGACAGGUACGUGUCCGUGGUGCACGAGCGGAUGGAGGCGGCCUUCUUCGGGCGCGGGUCCUCGGCGGCGGCGGCGGCCCCGCGCGCCGCGUGGGUCGGCGAGUUCGCGGAGAUGGCGCGGCGCGUGUGGCUGCUGCACUGCCUGUUCUGGGCGUUCGACGGCGCCGCGUCCGUGUUCCAGGCGCGCCCCGGGGACCGGUUCUCGGAGGUGUUCAUGGAGAGCGUCAGCGACGCGGACGGCGGCGGGACGACGCCGGCGCCGAGCGGGCACGACGUCGCCGUCGGGUUCACCGUGGUGCCGGGGUUCAAGCUCGGGCGGACGGUGAUACAAUGCCGGGUCUACCUUUCCCACCACACGCCGGAGCACCGACCUUGAGUGAGAGGUCCGUGUCAGCGUCAGCGAGAGCGUACCACACUUGGGCGGCCUGCUUGUCGCACACGAGGGAGGCGGCACGUCUGGCGGCGGCGGCGAGGUCGGGCUCAGCUCCGGCCGGGCGCCGGAGCGGGGCGUGGGGUUUAAGGGUGGCAGUGGCAGGCAGCAACGCUCCGUAGGGAGCAGUUUGGUAUGUAUACGUAUGUUUUGUAUGUAUGGAGCCAAGUAUGUAUGUAUCUACCUACCUACCACUACGAAUGUAGUAUAAUGUGAGCAUUCCAUUUCGAAUUUAAAAAAGUCUUUUGCAGUUUUG